CUCUGCAGAAUCCUCCUGGGGGGGGUUGUGAGCCCCCACCCCCUCAUCUCGCUCCCUCUCUCCCCCCGGCUCCUCCUGCGCUCGCCCCGGCUCCAAUUGUUGACAAAAGACGCUGCGAGACGGAGGAGGCCAGAGCCGGUGCUGGUGUGGCCGAGGUGAUUGGGACCAAACAGCAGCAGCAGCAGGCCGGUGUGAAGCGGACUCCCCCCUCAGUCACCUCCUUCCUUCUCCUCACCUCUUCUCCAUUAUCCGCUAAAAAGAAAAACAUCCUCCAGACGGGAAAUUCUUAGACAAAAGCGGAUGAUAGAGAUGCGAGUGUGAGUGGAAACGCCGGAGGAAGCGGCGGCGGCGGCGGCCUCGUGCGGCUCUGUUUAUCCCGGGAAUGGUGUGAGCUGAGGCGGCCGGGCAGUCUGGAUCUGACCGGGGACUCAUCGUUUCCCCGGAGCCUCCGCGGCUCCAAGCCGCGACCCGAGCCCUCCAAGAUGGGGAAGUGUGACGGCAGAUGCACGCUGUUAGUGAUCUGUUCACUGCAGCUGGUAAGAGAGCAUGCUUUUAUACAGAGGCGGUCCAAGGCUGCAUGGGGCCCUAACCCUAACCUGCACCUUUGGGUGGGGUGGAACUCCUUCAUUAUUUGUUUCUACCUGGAAGUGGGAAACCUGUCUCAGGACAGAGACUUUCUCAUGACCUUCAACACAUCCCUCCAUCGCUCCUGGUGGAUGGAGCACGGCCCCGGCUGCCUUGUGACACCAGUGCUGGACGCUCAGAUGGCCCCCGACGACCAUCACGUCAUCACGGUGUCGGGGUGCCUCCUCGACUACCAGUACAUCGAGGUGUUGAGUUCAGCCAUUCAGAUCCUUUUGGCUCUCUUUGGCUUCGUGUACGCCUGCUACGUGAGCAAAGUCUUCCAAGAUGACGAGGACAGCUUUGAUUUCAUUGGUGGGUUUGACUCAUACGGCUACCAGCCACCUCAGAAGUCCUCUCACCUGCAGCUGCAGCCUCUUUACACGGCUGGUUAAGUGUCUGUAGCGCCCCCUUGAGGCCCUAAGCUGAAGUUGUCACUGUGGAUGGAAAGAAAGCAGCAACAGGUCAUCAUGAGUCAUGAUUACACUCACUCUUUUGUGUCACAGUUUUUUACCCCGAGAAGAAGACUUUUUUUGAGCUCAGGAGGAGAGACGUGUUUAAAUGUUUGUGUCUGAAGAACGAGAAGGAAAUCAUCCCUGAAACGACCGUUUGCAGGAGCUCAGGGAAGAACCAGCAUGCUGGGUGGAAGAGGAGAGAAGAUCCCCUAAAAACUGCCAGCUCUAAAUGCUUCCUCCUGAGUGUGUGUGUGUGUGUGUGUCUGAUAGGAGAUGGUGCUCUGCGGUUGCACCCUGGACUCUAUGACCACUUUUGCGCGUCUAUAUUGGUUUGUUUUCUUGUUCGGGUGAAUUUUCCAGUGUAUGGAUGUUUAGGAGGGGCGGGGUCACAUCGUAAACCGAGGCAAGGCUCGUACCUGCUGUUGUUUUAGAGUGUGAUGUUAAGCUAGAGCAGUCCUGCAGUUUCCUCUUCCCAAAGCCGUCUUUCCUUCUCCCCACCUGCACACCUAAGAUGAGGGUGUCAACCACAGCUCAUGAUGAAUCAACCCUGCAUUAUUCUGUAUUUGUCUCCAUAAUAUGGAAUAUCGAUUCAAAAAGUAAUCAAAGUGGGAGGGCUGCCGUGCAAUAAUCUCACAAACUGGUGUUAUUUUCGGACUAAAAAGCAGCUGCUAUCCCUCCAUGCAAUGUCAUGACAAUAAAAGGUACCAAGCUCAUCAGUUAGGCAUUGAUCAGAUGGCUUUGGGAUGAGGCAUUAGUGUCUUUUUUUUAUUUCUGUGGGGUUGGGAAGGAGUAGUGUGCAUGUAAAUAACCAGCCGAUGAUUGUUUCGUUGGUGCCAUUUACAAAAAUAGGGGGUCACAUUAACGGGGGGGGGGGUCACAUACCUUUGUUUAGCUUCAUACCAGUUUCCCUUGUUCUCUCCUUCUGUAUAUACCCUCUUGUUUCCAUUUUUCUUUGGAGGAACUGCAGUAUUUCUCCUCUGUAAUACGUAGAAGACGUUAAACCGAGCGGCUCGUUUAUUGAUUCUCAUCAGAAAGACGCUUUGAAGAUUCUUUUUCUCUUUUUUUUUUUUUUGACAAUAAGUGAGACGGAAUGUGAGAAUAAAGGAGACGGGUAUGAGGUCCAGAACUUGAUGGGUGUAAAGUAAAGUUUGAAAUAAUAAAAGUACACUUUCUACUUUAAAU